CGCCAAUUGUUUUUUCAAAUUCCGCAAUUUCUAGUUUGAUUAUUUCUUGAAAGAUGAUUCAAGCUAAGAUAGAAUCUUUUAGCAUACCUAAAGUUGUAGAUACAUCAGGAAAUGUCAGAAGCAUUGAUAUAAAAGACUAUCGCAAUAAAUAUGUUGUCUUUCUAACAUUUACUGCAGCCUUCCACGAUAUCUCCACGUUUGAAUUGAUCGAGUUCUCCAAAGCUGCCGAAUCAUUUAAGAACGAGAAUGCAGUUCUUCUGGGCAUAUGCAGAGAAACCACCAAUGCUAUUCAAGACUGGAUGGCCAGUAUUCCUGUCGAGUUUCCUGGAAUCGCAGCAGAAUUCAGUAUUGUUUCUGAUUUAGCCGCACAAGGAUUAAUCUUUAAGCUGGAAGGAACAGCAGAGAUCGGAUAUCCAGGACCUAUGACUUGUAUCUUGGAUAAGACAGGAUCUGUUCGACAUGUGACCGAGGUUUCAUCAAUCAUAGGACGAAGUGUGGAUGAAACACUCCGUAUUGUCCAGGCUUUAAAGCUAGUGGAUGAAUAUGGAGGUUCAGCUUUAGCUCCUGGAGACUGGAGGGUCGGAGAACCGUACAUUUGGAAUACAAGACCUGGAGUAGAUACGUUCUACGCUGCAAGAGCAGGACUUAAAUCCAAUGUAUUCUCCAAAAUAGUCAGAAUGGUUCAAUCCUUCUUUAAGCAAGGUCAAGAAGAAGAGGUUUUGAAAAACAAUCCUGAGAACUCGAAGCCAGACUCUACUCCAAAUACGCAUGAGGUUGAGAAGCCUUCAAGGUUCAGAGCUGUCUCUCAAACUAAGAGCGGAGAUGUUGCUCCGAAGAUCAAAACUGAAAUCAAACCUGCAAGUUCUGGCGAUGAAGUCAAGUUUAUUGAUAUCUAUUAAGUUUCGGUUUUUAACCUUUAUUUCAAAAUAUGAAACUUAUCGUAUAAAUAUUGUUAAACAGUGUUGCGGAAUUCAGAUGAAAAAACUUUAACAAAUCCUUAUCCAUAUACAUUCAAAAUAAAACAUACGUUUUCA